GUAAAGUUCAUAUAGAAAAUUUUCUGAUGUUACCGGCUAUAGGAAAAGCUUUAUUAGAUAUAACUGAUCCAAAUAACAUGGAGCAGAACGAAAUGAUAUUUUCCCAAACUCCUUCAACGCACAGUGUAAAGGAGGACGAACAUACUGAAUUGAUUCACCGAGACGUUGUAAAGGAGGACGAACAUACUGAAUUGAUUCGCCGAGACGUUGAAAAGGGUGUUAUUACGAUAAACGAAGGUGAUAAAAGAGAAGAUUUGGCACCUGAACUUGUAAAACUUGAAAAUAUUCCAAGACGAAUAGUCAUGGAAACUGUGAAAUCAGCGGAUGAAUAUUGUGCACAAAUCAAUCAAUCAAUAAUAACUACACAAUUACAAGCAAAAACAAAUCAUGAGCAAAUUAGUGUUGUCUAUGAGAUAUUUCAAACAUUGAACAAAUUAGAAAAAUUGAUACCAGAUGAAGGGCUAUUUGAUGAUAAAUCUUCAAGUUCCAAAUGGCCAAUAAUUCACAAAUUAUGUUUGACCGCAAAACAAAAGCCAAGUCACUCUAUAAAAAUUCCACAACGUACGAAUUCUAUUGUCGUUGCUGUAUCACAAUAUAAUGUUUUGUCAGACAAACAUAAAGAUUCUGAACCUCUCAGCCCAGUUCAAACUACAGAUUGGAUGUCAUCAAGUGUAUCAAGCGUCCAAAAUAUUAUUUUAGGUGAAAAUAUAAUCUCUGAUCGUUUUAGGGAUAUACUUAUUAAUCCGAUGCGUGAAGGUCUUAUUAAUCCGAUGCGUGAAGGUCUUAUUAAUCCGAUGCGUGAAAGUCUUAUUAAUCCGCCACAUUCAUUAUUAAACAAUAAUGGAUCAGAACCACCAAUGUCACCUAUUUCAUUUGGGUCAAACUUGUCUAAUAGCAAUCAAUCACCACCAUCAGGAUCUUCCGUGUCAUUACUUACAGACAUGCUUAAACGAUCUGCAUUGCAAAAAGAGGAAGAACUACGUCACAACCUGGUACACAUUUUCCGACUGCGAUAA